CGGGUGGGGAAAUUGCUGUGACAAAAGAAGAGCAAACAAACGUUAAUUAAUCUGAUGAUUUUGAAAUCCAACUGCACACCCAUUCUCAGUUUCUCCCUCUUUGGGGCUACUGGUAUAAUUACUCCCACCCAGAACCACACGAUUCAGCAUCAUACUCAUAAAAAUUGGAGCUAAAAGAAGAAGAGCUUAAAGAGGGAGAGACAAGAGAACUGGUGACAGUAAACUCACUGGAUUUCAAGAAACAAUAUGGAGAAAGAAAAUGUGGGUGUGCAUGAAGAAGGAAUUAGUCUUAUGAAGAGAAAAGAUGCAACCUUGUUUUCUUGGCCUUGGGAAAACCUGGGAAAUUUCAAGUAUGUGUUAUAUGGACCGUUGAUUGCAAAGUUCAUAUAUACUCUGGUUUGGGAAGAGAGUUGGGCUGAUAUAUGGUGCUUACAUAUUCUUGUCUUGACUUCUAUGAGAGGCCUCGUUCAUCAGUUAUGGAGUUCUUACUGUAAUAUGCUUUUUCUUAACCGCGCCAAACGGGUGUCUCUACAAGGCAUUGAUUUUGAACAAAUUGACAAGGAAUGGCAUUGGGAUAAUUUCCUAAUACUUCAAGCUAUAAUGGCCGCAUUUGCCUAUAUCAGCUUCCCUUCACUGGCUCAUCUUCCCACAUGGGAACUCAAAGGCCUUGUUUGGUGUGCUGCUUUGCAUAUCGGAAUCUCAGAGCCACUUUACUAUGUCAUGCAUAGGUUAUUGCAUAGCCCCCAACUCUUCCCACUUUACCAUUGGCUGCACCAUGAUUCUAAAAUUCCACAUCCCUUUACAGCGGGCAGUGCAGCAUUCUUGGAACACCUCUUACUUUGUGUGGUAGUUGGGAUUCCAACGCUCGGAAGUGCGUUACUUGGUCACGGUUCAAUCACUGUCAUGUAUAGUUACAUUUUGACAUUCGACUUUCUUAGAUGUUUGGGGUAUAGCAACGUGGAGAUCAUGCCUAGUCCUCUCUUCAAUAGCAUCCCGCUUCUGAAAUGCCUUAUUUAUACCCCAACGUACUACAGUUUGCACCAUGUGGACAAAAGGACUAACUUUUGCCUUUUUAUGCCUCUCUAUGAUAUAUUGGGCAAGACAGUCGAUCCCCGUUCUUGGGAGCUUCAGAGGGAGAUAAGUUCAAGGACUAGUGCAGAUGAGAAGGCGCCGGAUUUUGUGUUUCUUGCACAUGUCGUCGAUGUGAUGUCAGCAAUGCAUUCUCCCUUUGUUUUCCGAUCAUUCAGCUCGAUUCCCUUUGGCACAAAGCUUUUCUUGUUACCAAUGUGGCCUUAUACUUUUGUGGUUAUGCUGGUCAUGUGGCUCAAAUCCAAGACUUUUUUGUUCAACUUUUACAUCCUCAGAGGGAAAUUGCAUCAAACAUGGGUUGUUCCAAGAUAUGGCUUUCAGUACUUCUUACCUUUUGCUGCGGAAGGGAUAAACAAACAAAUAGAAGAAGCUAUCCUCGUGGCUGACAGAAUAGGGGUGAAGGUCAUUAGCCUCGCGGCAUUAAACAAGAAUGAAGGGCUGAAUGGGGGCGGAACAUUGUUUGUGAAUAAGCAUCCUCAUCUUAAGGUCAGGGUGGUCCAUGGAAACACAUUGACGGCUGCCGUUAUCCUAAACGACCUCCCCAGAGACGUCGAUGAGGUCUUCCUGACAGGGGCCACAUCUAAGCUUGGUAGGGCUAUUGCCCUCUACCUGGCCCGCCAACGGAUCAGAGUUCUGAUGCUAACUCAGUCCACGGAGAGAUUCAUAAAAAUCCAAAGUGAAGCUCCAGUGGACUACCAGCAAUUUCUAGUUCAAGUGACCAAGUACCAAGCAGCUAAACUGUGUAAGACAUGGAUAAUUGGGAAAUGGGCAACGCCUCGAGAGCAAAGUUGGGCUCCAUCGGGAGCGCAUUUUCAUCAGUUUGUCGUCCCACCGGUUAUCCCAUUCCGUAGAGACUGCACCUAUGGGAAGUUAGCAGCAAUGAAGCUCCCAAAGGACGUCCAGGGCCUUGGAUCGUGCGAGUACACGAUGGACAGAGGUGUGGUCCAUGCUUGCCAUGCGGGCGGGGUGGUGCAUUUUCUUGAAGGGUGGACGCACCACGAGGUCGGAGCCAUCAACGUGGACCAGAUUGAUACGGUCUGGAAAGCUGCCCUGAAGCAUGGUUUGAAGCCAUUGUAGAGUAUGAUGAUGAUAACAAUGCCACCCACUCUUUGCUGCCCUUCACUUCCUCUACUACCUUCAAGUUGCUUUCAUACACUAAUUUGUUGUCUUUUGUAUGCUCCACCCACUUUAAAACAGAAAGAAUUCUUUUAGUGAUCUGAAUUGUGCUUUUAUGAACCCGUGUGGAAUUUGAAGAAAUCAUUUUUUUAUUUUUACAUCACUCGGUUAUGAGAGCUGGAAAAGAACUUAUUGUUUAAACAUUGAAUGAAAGAAGCCCUCAAUUAAAUUUAUUGGCAACAGAAUUAUUCA